ACUGACAGUGCUGCUGUACAAUGUGAGCAUUUGGCUCCUUUGGCAGGGAGCAGCAGUGAGCAGCAGGCAGCAGCUCAUUCAUAGGAGAUGGCUGCCUUCCUCUCUAACCUGGUUCAGUUCCGGGGGCUACUUCAAAUGAUCUUAGUGCUGGGAAUUGGUGGUAGUUUUCCAUAUGGAUUCCAUAUUUCUGUCAUCAACUAUCCUUCUGUGCACAUCAGGAAGUUUAUUAAUGAAACCUGGAUAGAUCGGCACGGCUCUCCCCUCCAUCCUGAGACAAUCAUGCUGCUGUGGUCCUUCAUUGUGUCUGUUUAUGGGAUAGGAGGAUUCCUGGGAAGCCUCUGCUGUGGCUACCUGACUACAAAAUACAGGAAGAAAAAGUGCCAGAUGUUCACCAACCUGAUCAUGUUGGUAGCUGCACUUUUCAUGGCCCUCAGUAAAACAGCCAAAUCCUUUGAGAUGAUUCUGGUUGGGCGCUUUCUCUAUGGCAUUGGUUCAGGUUUUUCUCUCAAUAUACAUCCUCAGUAUGUAGGAGAGAUUUCACCCAAGAAGUUGCGUGGUUUUACCAACUCCACUGUUGCUGUUUUUCUGACCCUGGGAAAACUCACAGGACAGGUGGUUGGACUACGGGAGAUUUUAGGAAGCGAAGCUUUGUGGCCAUGGUUGUUAGCAUCUAGUGGACUUUCAGCAUUGGUUCAGCUGGUUACCCUCCCAUUUUUCCCUGAUUCACCAUCCUACCUCCUGAUACAGAAGGGUAAUGAGGAAGCCUGCAGGAAAGCCAUCAGGAAGCUCUGGGGGGAAGGAGACCACCAGGCAGAAAUUGAUGACAUUGUGAAGGAGAAGGGUGCAGCGGCGAGCACGAAGACCUUGCGUGUCCUGGAAGUGCUAAAGGAGCGAUCCCUGCGCUGGCAGCUGUACAUUCUGAUGACUGUCAUGACCACGCUGCAGCUCUGUGGAAUCAAUGCAAUAUAUUUCUAUUCUUUUGAAGUAUUCCACACAGCCAAGUUUGAAGAAUACCUUAUCCCCUACGUGUCCCUGGGAGUUGGGUUGUGUGAGUGCUUAUCCUCUAUACUGUGUAGCACCCUCAUAGACCGCUUUGGGAGGAAGGUGCUGCUCUGGGGUGGAUACUCGCUGAUGUGCUCUGUGCUGGCACUGCUCACCAUGACCCUGUCACUGCAGCAUCGUUUUUUCUGGAUGCAUUACUUCAGUGUUAUCUUGAUCUUCCUGUUCGUUGUCUUCUAUGGAAUUGGGCCAUCUGGAGCCACCAUAUCUGUGAUGGUUGAAAUCUUCAGCCAGUCAUACAGACCAUCAGCCUUUCUGAUUGUUGGCUGCAUCAACUGGAUGGGACUGUUUGUACUUGGGAUGAUUUUUCCAGUAAUUGUUGAUAACCUUGGACCCUUCUGCUUCCUUAUCUUUUUGGGAAUCCUUGCUUUAUCAGCAAUUUUCAUCUACCUGUAUCUUCCUGAGACCAAGGGAAAGUCAAUCAUGGAAAUAAAAGCAGAAUUCAACAAGCUGAACUUUGGGCAAAAAGAAACCUCUGUCACUGAAAAUAACUUUCCUAAGGAACAGUUGCCUUGCACCAAACUCUGAAUGUUCAGAGAAGAAAUUUGCAUCUCUUGGAAAAGACAGGAAAUAAUGUUGCAAUAGAACUAAAAAGGAAACAUUAAAAACAGACUGCAAGCUCUUCUGUCUCAUUUAUUUUUUCUUUUUUUAAGAUAGAUAUGAAACUCACUAUCCUAGAAUAACACUAAGUACCUCAUAAGCAGGAGCCUGCUGGCAAAUAGCUCAGAGAAGAGUAUGAGUAUCAGAAAUAAAAAAAUACAAAUGAAAUAUUUUAAGAAGAUGAACCAAGGUAAAGAAUUAUUAAGAAGGCUCAAUAACCAACAGUCAUGAGGCUGGGGAAGCACAGAAGGCUGAAGUAUUUGGCUGACAGGCACACAGAGGAAAAGCUAAAUACAUGGUUCAGGGUGAUCCAAGCAGAUACAGGCUGAAAACUUAACACCUCACAUCCAGAAAACAGUUUCCAGCAUGACUACAGAAAGAAGUAUUGAAAGUGAAAUUUGCUGUGCACCAGUUCUGGAGAUGUAAUGGAACUUUCAGUGGGAAACAUCCUAGUAACUCUAGGCAGGGAGAAGAACCUGCUAAACUGAGAUAUUCUUGCAUGCAAAAGAAGUAAAAUGACUGCUAUAAAAUAAAGCUGGGUCUGGAGAGC